GGUCAGUAGAACUAAGGACUAGGAAGUAGGAAGCUGUACGUAGCAGAGACCGACCAUAGAAUUCGGCGUCUUUCAUCCAUUCGAGUCGCGUGCUCGUACAGUAUUCCGUAAACCGCGUCCAAGCAGCUCUGCCGAACUGUCGUACUGUACGAAAAUAGGACGUCGAAUUCGUAGUCGUACCGCAUUCUAAAACGUAGUUUUCAUCCACUUCCAAAUUCCGAUCUCCUCCAUGCUUCGCUAUUCGGUCCUAAGCUGCUUCGUUGUAUUCUAGAGUGUGUUUGACGUCCUCUUGUCCCACAGCCCGGAACAUUCAGAGACCCUGCUUUUGUUCGCUUCGUUCGCUUUCGUUCAUCAGCCAUGGCGGCGGUUCGCUCGCUCAUCUCCUCCCUCAGACUCACCCCAGCUGAAGCAGUACCGCUGAAAUCCUCGGCCUCCUCACUCAUCCGCGAUUCAAAAAGUGUUAGCUUGAACCAAAGGCCCACUAAGCUGUCCAUAUCCUGCUCUUCAAGUAAAGACUCUCGCCGUCGGCUUGUUUCAGCAGCAGCUCCUCCCACAGCUGCUGCCGCAGCACCCACCGCGGAGGACGCGCCGUCAGUCCCGGCGUCAGACGCGGAACCCGCGGAGCCGCCGCGGCGCCGCCUGAAGGUGGGGUGCCACGCGGCGCAGGGGCGGCGCGACGAGAUGGAGGACCACGUGGUGGUCUUAGAGGACAUCGGCGCGGGGUUCCUCUACGCCGGCGUGUUCGACGGCCACGCCGGCGCGUCGUCCGCGAAGUUUCUGAGCGACGAGCUGCAUGACGACUGCAUGGAGGCUCUGGAGGGCGGCGCGGUGCUGGAAGAUGAAGAUCUGACGGCUGCGGAGGACGCUCUGGAAGAUGCGUUCUUGCAGGCCGAUCAGAGGCUGCUGCAGUGGUUAGAGGAGCACAGCGCGCAGCCCGAGUCCGGAUCCACUGGUACUGUGGCGUUUGUGCGCCACGACCGUCUGUUCGUGGCGCACUUAGGCGACUCGCGCGCCGUGAUGGCCGUUGGGGGCGACGCGGAGCCGAUCUCGGAGGACCACAAACCCAGCGGCGAGUCGGCAAAGGCGAAGGAGGAGAUAAAGAGAAUCAACAAGGCGGGCGGAUGGGUGAGCCAAGGGCGGGUGUGUGGAGUGGUGGCGGUAUCUCGAGCUUUUGGGAACAUUGCUUUCAAGACCAGAAAAGAGGAGAUGAUGCAGCAAGGGGUGAAGAAGGGCCGGUGGACAACCAGAUGGGUCUCCAAGAGGAAGUUCGACUCUGAUUGGAUAUCUGCCCUCCCUGAUGUGUAUGCCACUGAGCUCACAGAAGAUGCUGAAUUCGUCAUCAUUGCGUCAGACGGGCUCUGGGACGCAUUCUCAAGCUCCGAAGCAGUGGCGUUUGUGCGUGGCGAGAUGGAGAAGCAUGGGGAUGUGCAGCAGGCAUGCGAAGCCUUGGUGCACACUGCGCUGCAUGAUCGGGAAACGGAGGACAACACCAGCGUGAUCGUCAUCUCCUUGCGUGACUAGAGAGGGACCCUGCUGCCUCUGCUCCGCUCCUUCGUGUCAUAUACCCCUGCUGCUGGAACUAGGGUCUGAGACUUGCGCCUUUGCUCCUGUCAUUUCAUUACCCUUGCUCCUAUUGUGCCUCUGGACCUUAGGACUGGGAAACAGAUGGCUGUGUGUGUGUGGCUAUGCAAUCUGAUCUGAUGGUUAUGUACGGUAUGGAAACCAGUGCCAUGCCAUGCCGUAUUUGUUUGGCUGGCCUCAGCCGUGCAAGCCUCGGCUCCCUCAUAGCUCGUUAUCGACCAUGCUAGUCUGAACGAACGUGUAUUGUACUGCCAUGGCUUUUCUGCAUUCUGGAAAAAAGCCCUGCCUGCCGA